AUGACUGAUAACAACGAAAAUAACUUCAACACGCAAGUGCUUGCCGCUGUCGAGUCUAACGACCUCGCUACCCUACAAAAUAUGCUGUCGACACGCGACGCCGAAGGUCCUAAUGCUUUGCACCGGGGUCAGGGAUUGACCGAGGCCCUCAGCACAGCAUUGGAGCUAGCCCAGUUCGAUAUAGCCGAGGAGCUUUUCAAGCGUGGUGCUAGGUGGGGUGAUAGCACCAUCAUGUACGUCUCGGAAGGGGCACGUGAGGGAAACGGGUGGAAUACGAAAGCCAUCGAUGUCGCGAUAGCGCACGGUUGGGAUGUCAACGAGCACUUUGACCAUCUUGGCAGCGCUCUUGUACUCCUUGUCAGUGCGACGGAGACAGGCCCAGAAUAUCCCGAUGGCGAUACAGCUGCCCUGAAAAUUGCUGCGCAUCUAUUAUCAAAAGGCGCCGAGGUAGACGAGGGUACCCAGACGUGCAACAACCCACUAGAAUUGGCCUGUAUGCAUGGUGAUAGGCAUAUGGCAGCGCUAUUAUUGGCACAUGACGCAUCGCUGGAAAAGGCGCCUAAGGCACUCCUCAAUGCUGCCGAAAACGGCAACAUUGACAUAAUGCAGCAGUUGCUAGAUCACGGCGCUGAUGUCAAUGCACACCCGUAUGGAAACUUGGAGACAAUUCCUGCGCACCGACAGGACAAAGGCUGGGGCUCUGCGCUACAUUGUGCUGUUAAGAACCACCGUACUGAGGCAGUCUCAUUUCUCUUAGAGAAAGGUGCGGACAAGAAGUACAGAAACAAGGUGGGAUUGACGGCUUUGGAUCUUGCUCGCGAAUUAGGACAGGAGGACAUUGUGCGGUUGUUAGAGUAG